AUGGGGGCUCCCAAUCUCAACCCUGAGGAGUCUCCAGAAGUCGAGGGUGUUCUGAAUACAAGUCAGGGUUCUUUGCUUGAGGUAAAUCCUGAAAAGGAGGGCUGCAUCCCUGAGACUGAGACGGCUGAGAUAAGUGUUGAUGCUGAGAUGGCUUCAGAGGUCGUAGGUACUCCUGGUGAUAAGACAGCUCUCGAGAGCCAAGGGAUUUCAGGCACUGAUGAGGUUACUGAGACCAUGCAGAUCCUGGAGGCUCAGGGAAUCGAAAAAGUGCAGGAUAUGGAUGAAGUUAUGCAGAUUGAUGAAUCAUUAACGAUUCCUGAACUUGAACAGGUUUCUAUGGUAGGCGCAUAACUCUAAUUAAUGUUUAUUUGCAUCUUUGUAUUAUCAUAACAAUGGAAAACUACAUGUGCAGUUAUUUUACAAUAAUACUAAAACACAAAAAUUCUAAAGUCUUGUUAUUACAGCCUGUAUUAAUGUUGAAAGUUUGUUUUUUGUAGGAUACUCCAACUGGACAUGCUGGGAAUUGUGCAACAUGCAAAACCGUGAAGAGUGAGGUGACUCAGUUAAGGGGCAAAGUCACAAGACUGAAGAGUAAGUUAAUCUCCAAUCAAGAUCAGUGGGUUGAAACCUUUAAGAGCAUACAAGAGCCGAAGCAGUUGCUGAUGGUGAAUGCUGGUGAGUCAACAAUAAUUGAUGUUGAUGAGUCAUAUAGGCAUAACUGCCUAUCUUUAUAUUUUUAUUAUAUUUUAUCAAUAUUUGAUUAUUUCAUAAUAAUUAAAAUUUUAAUGGUGACAGAAUUUUUUUAAUUCCAUUUGUUUAAGCUAUUCAAACUGAUCCAUGGCCAGUAACAAAUGAGACAGAGUUAGGGCUAGAGGAUGAAUCAGAAGAUGAGCAGGAAAUGCAGGACGACGCGUAUGAGGAGUUUGAGUGUGAUGAAGACCCUACAUGGAGUCCUGAAGAAAUCGAAGAUGCAUAUAAAAAACUAAAGGAAGAUGAUGACUCGGUGAAGACUCAUCAGAACCCAAGGUACAAAGAUGCAAAAUUUAUUGCAUUUUAACAUCUUAGCUCUAAGUAUCCUCUGGGAAGUGAUUUAGGCCUAAAACUAACUUCCAUUAUGAGAGGUUCUAUUUAGAAACAAGAGUACAUGAAAUUUGUUUUUUAAUUUACUCAGAUAAGAAUUGCAAAAAAAAAAAAAAAAGAAGAAGAGGCAUAACCAGCCCAUAGACUGGAAGUCCCAGGCCUAAAAAUGUUUGGUUUGUCCACUCAACCACUUGUAAUAAAUUAUCAUCGUUGGGGUGGGCUAGAUAGCUUAAGGGCUCAAAGUUGUCAUGUGUGCAAUCAACAGUAUUAUUAUAAAAAAGCAUUUUUCAGGAUGUAUGUGAGAAUAAAAUCCCAACCCACAAUUAGCCAGGUUUACAACAAGUUGAAAAACUGGCAACACCCUGAGAAAAAAAAUAAAAAUGAUAAUCAUUUUUUUUAUUGUUAUUUUAUUAUUUCAGAUGCUAUGAUUAAAUGAGUAUUUCCUUUCAAUCAUUUUUUACAGGUUGGAUCUACAAGGAAAAAACAUUCGAGAGGAACCGAAGGGAAUUGUUUUCCUUUCCAAACUUCUUCUUUUGUUUCAGUUCUGCCACUUGUGCUUCUUUUCAAAACCCAAACUUUCUGUACCUUGUUAA